AUGCCGUCCUCUGAGGCGAGUGUCCAUUGUUCUUCACCUUCGGAAUGGGAAUGGGUCUAUGCGGAUGAACUCCUUUCCCCAGAUGGAUCACAAUCACCGCGCCGCCCGCCGAAUGGAGACCAUGUCUCUCGAGUUAUUGUCGGCGCCCGCCUAGGAAGGGAUGAAUUCUAUCGGGGGGAUUGCGUCCUCCUGCGAGCGGAAGGUUCCGGACCGCCGUGGGUAGCCAUUAUCCGACAGUUUACAACCGACAACCAUGGCCAGAUGGCCGGCGAUUUUGUCUGGUUCUCAAACGAGAAGGAGAUUAGGAAUACUGCCAGGAAGCGGACGGAUUUCCUACCAGUGCGCACAACCUUCCCCCCUGGCGCCGUUUCGAUCACCGAUCCCGCCACCUCUUCGUUCCAGGCAGCGAGAAGUCGGCUUCAUGUUGCGUCGGUUCCUACAAGCUUGCCUUGUAGGGAGAAAGAGUUUAAUGAGGUGUACCUUCAUUUGCAGAAGGCGAUAUCUAACGGCUCGAGUAACUGCAUCUACAUAUCCGGAACGCCGGGGACCGGGAAAACUGCUACGGUUCGAGAAGUCAUCCACCGCCUCGAGCAUGCCGUCGAAGUUGACGAGCUGGACGACUUCAUCUUCGUGGAAAUUAACGGCAUGAAGAUAACGAAUCCCCACCAAUCAUAUGUCAUGCUCUGGGAGGCUCUGAAGGGUGAUCGUGUGAGCCCGAGUCAAGCAUUGGAUCUCCUGGAGAGAGAGUUUAGCCAUCCAAACCCUCGGCGUGUGUCCUGUGUGGUUCUGAUGGAUGAGUUGGAUCAACUCGUGACGAAGAACCAGAGUGUCAUGUAUAACUUCUUUAAUUGGCCCUCGUUACGCCAUAGUCGCCUCAUUGUCCUUGCCGUCGCCAAUACCAUGGAUCUGCCAGAACGCACACUAAGCAACAAAAUUAGUAGUCGCCUAGGCUUAACAAGGAUCGCAUUUCCAGGAUACACGCAUGAUCAGCUUGUCCAAAUCAUUCAAUCCCGAUUAGAAGGUGUACCAGGCAAGGUGGUCGAUCCAGAUGCUAUCCAGUUUGCAAGCAGGAAAGUUGCCGCCGUCAGCGGUGAUGCGAGAAGGGCUCUGGAUAUUUGUCGACGGGCGGUGGAGCUGGUCGAAACUGAUACUUUCGCCAACGGUCCCAUGUCUCACAGCAAAGCAUCGCAUGAAAACAAGAACACCAGACGGGCCACCGUUUCUAUAUCCACAAUUAAAAGAGCUAUUAACGAAGCCACCUCUAACCCAACCCAGCAGCAACUCCGAUCUCUCCCGCUCCUCUCAAGACUACUCUUAGUCGCUAUCCUAGGGAGAAUCAAAAGAUCCCGGAGCGCAGAGACGACUAUUGCCGAUGUGAUGGAUGAAAUGUCGCUCCUUCUUAGAGCAUCCUCAACGCACCGGGGAAAUGAUGCCGUGGAUGCGGUGGCGAGUCUAAUCUGCGACGGACAGAUGGAUAGCAGCCCCCAGGCUAGCGCUCUAACCCCACGGCUCGCUGGCUUCGGACAUGCAGCCCUAGAGCUGGAGACUGCCGGGAUAAUCAUACUGGAAGAACACACGCCGAACCGGCCUAGCAAAAUCCGCCUCGCAUUCUCCGAGGGCGAAAUUAGGAUGGCUUUCCGCGAUGACCGUGAAAUGCAACAACUCGGUAUAAAGCCUUGA